GCUAACACAACAAGCUCACAAGCAACACCCAACCCCAUUUCGCUUUCGCCCUCUCGCGUAUAUCACAUAUUCACAUGACUUUAAUUAUUAUUUUCUCCUCUUCCACUCUGUUGGAUCAUCUUCUUCCUCUAUUACUUCCUCCAUCUCCAAUUUACGCAAACUACUACUGAACAUGGCUUUGUUUCAUCCAUUUCUUUCACACUAUUCCACCUCUCUCCUGUCCCCAGUAACCCACAAACAAUUAGGAGCUACACAGCCACAGCCACUCAAACUAGUCCCGGUUGCACACAGACCGCCGUUCAACGUCCCAACACGAAAGACCAAGUGCGGUGCAGUCGCAGACAUCAAACCUGGAGCACCAGCUCCACUAGAAGAUGAUGAUGAAGAUCACAAGGUCCUGGUAGGUCCUACCAGCGAGCAAGAGCGGAGAGGAGAUAGGAUCGUGGCGGACUAUGAUUGGACGGAGGAAUGGUACCCUCUGUACCUCACCCAGGACAUUCCAGAGGAUGCACCUUUGGGUCUAACUGUGUUCGAUAAGCAACUAGUUCUCUACAGAGACGGCAAUGGUGUGCUUCAGUGUUACCAAGAUCGCUGCCCCCACAGGUUGGCGAAAUUAUCAGAAGGCCAACUGAUUGAUGGGAGACUGGAAUGUUUAUAUCAUGGUUGGCAAUUUGAAGGUGCAGGAAAAUGUGUCAAGAUCCCUCAGCUUCCAGCUGAUGCCAAAAUUCCUAGGUCGGCUUGUGUGAAAACAUAUGAGGUGAGGGACUCGCAAGGUGUUGUGUGGGUUUGGAUGUCCCAUAAGACACCACCAAACCCUGCUAAGGUUCCUUGGUUUGAGAACUUUGACAGGCCAGGGUUCCAAGAUACUUCAACAACCCAUGAGCUUCCUUAUGAUCACUCCAUACUUUUGGAGAACCUCAUGGAUCCAGCCCAUGUUCCAAUCUCACAUGACAGGACAGACUGGAGUGCUAAAAGGGAAGAUGCUCAACCGCUGCGUUUUGAGGUCACUGAACGCACCGACCGAGGAUUUGCAGGCUGGUGGGGGAAGACAACUGAUCAGUCCGCCUCCAGCUUCUUGCGCUUUGAAGCACCGUGUUCUCUUCAAAACAAUCGAGAAAUUGUUGACGACAAGACUGGGGAAACGCACUACUUCUCAGGUCUCUUUCUUUGUAGACCAACUGGACAAGGGAAGUCCAUGCUCAUUGUGAGGUUUGGAGGAACAAAAAGGUCUCCUCUGGCAAAAUUGUUUCCCAAAUGGUACUUCCAUCAGAAUGCAGGAAAGGUGUUUGAGCAAGACAUGGGAUUCCUUUCUUCUCAGAAUGAGAUACUUAUCAAAGAAAAAGUGCCCACCAAGAACCUCUACCUUAACUUGAAAUCCUCAGAUACAUGGGUAGCUGAAUACAGAAAAUGGAUGGACAAAGUUGGGCAUGGGAUGCCUUACCACUUUGGCCACAGCACAAUAUCAUUGCCCAAAGAGCCUGCCGUGGUCGAACAUGCUCCUGCUGGACUUGUUGCAGGUGUAUCGGCAUCUUUGCCGGCCAAGGGAGGCAUUGGAACCAUGCAUGCUCCAAAUUUGGCCAACCGGUAUUUCCGGCAUGUGGUUCAUUGCAAAGAGUGCAGAAAUGUUGUCAAAGCUUUCCAAGCUUGGAAAAAUUACCUUUCUGCUAUUGCUGUUGCAUUGACCGCUUUGGCAAUUCUAAUCUCCGGAAGGCAAUGGAAGGCUCUUCUGUUAGUAUCAGCAGCCGUAUGCUCCGGCGGAGUUUAUGCAUGCUCGGCUGCUGUUGCAUUGAACACAACAAAUUUCAUUAGGACACAUAGGAGAUUGUGAGUCCUCAAGUUAGUGCCCACUUGGGGGAUGACUAUGUUGCCUGUAUCUUACACAUUUCUAGAACCUGAUUUGAACUCUGUACUGUGAGAACAAGGAUAGGUUAUUCCUUUCUGCGAGUAUAAACAGUUACCAGUUAAACGGGGAUUA